GCUAAUAAUUGUACCUUAUAAGUCGUCCCCCCCCCUUCCGAGCUCCUUACUCAGUCCUCAUAUUUAUAGCAAAUUCCAAUCAUUAUUCACUAUUCACUUAGUUAGGGGUCUUUAUAUUUUACUACCCAACAGCACAAUGGCCGCAAAAGUCGCAUCCGCCUCUGUACCCUCAGACCCAGCAGCCCCCAAGCCAGAGUUCAAAGUAACCAUCAGCGACGCCACGCUAUCCGAUGCCGCAGCGAUAUCCCUGGUCGGCACCAACACCUUCACUGCGACCUUCGGGCACUCCGCCCCGCAAAAAGACAUCGCCAACUACCUCGCCUCGGCAUACUCCCCAGCCGCCAUCGAGGCCGAGAUCCUGAACGCAGAGAAAAACCGGACCAGCAUAUUCGUCGCGCGCGACGACGCCGGUGCCGUGCGCGGGUUCGUGCAGUUUGCGCGCGGCGUCAGCGACCCGAACCUACCGGCAGCGGAGGCCGCGUCGCACGCCGAGUUCUGCCGGCUCUACGUCGACACUGCGGCGCACGGGAAGGGGAUCGGGAGCAAGCUCAUCGCGGCCGUCGAGGAUGCGGCGAGGGCAGAGGGCUUCAAGGUGGUGUGGCUGACGGUGUGGGAAAACCACCCGAAUGCGCACCGGCUGUAUCAGAGGCAGGGGUACGUGAAGGUCGGGGAGGCGGAGUUUGUGGUCGGUGAUUGUGUGCAGAUCGAUUGGGUGUUUGCGAAGAAUCUGUGAAAUAUUUUUUUUGGUGUGGUGCGUCGGGUUGGCUCAUCUGAAUUUUGGUGUUUUGAAGCUGCGAUGUUGCUAUAGAUUUGCAUAAACUAACCUACCUACUAAGACAAUUGAGUCAUUUAGAUCGCAAGCCAGGAAAACAUCUCUAAUUGAUCUUCUUGCC